UAAAACAAGAAAACAUUUGUACAAUCCUUGAUGCAGGGUCAGGUACAUAGUGGGUACUUUACAUUGCUAAUAAAUAUCAUAAAUGACCCCUCUUCUGUGCAGCAACGAUGCUCUCUUAGGCAGUCACUUCCCCAUGAGAUCCUCCGGCCCUGGUGUAUCCCUUGUCACAGCAGCAACAGUUAGUGGACGUGUCUUUUCAUUCAGGCAACAAAUAUUUAUUGAGCUCCUACGCAUUCCCGGCCAUGUGCUAGGCACUGCGAAUGAAGCAGUGACCAAAACAGAGAAAACCCCUAGCCUCAUGGAGCUUACAUUCAGGGAGAGGGGUGGUAGGGAGGCAGGCAGUAUAUGUCUGAUGAUGACAAGGAAGGACUCUGGAGAGGGUGGGUGGCAAGGUCACAAUUUUAUAUAAGCAGAGAGGGCCGAACUGAGGAAGAGAUAAUGCAACAAAGACCUGAAAGAGGUAAGGGAACAAGACCUGAGGAAAUAGGGAAAUGUUUCCAGACAGAGAACAGCAAGUGCAAAGGCCCUGAGUCAUGAGCGAACUUGAUGAGCUUAAGGAACAUCCAAGAGGGCAGUGUAGCUGGAGUGAGGUGAGCUAGGAGGAGGAAAGCAAGAGAUGAGGUCAGCAAGGUAGCAGGGACCAGAUCAUGGAGGGCCUUAAAGACUGACUGACAUUUUUCUCCAAGAUGGGGAGCCACUGGAGCAUUCUGAAUAGAAGAGUGAUCUGAUCUGACUACUGAUAUGACCACACUGGCUCCCGGAUUGAGAAUAUUCUGUAGGGUGGGCAAGAGCAGGAGCAGGGAGCCCAGUUAGGAAACUACUGCAGUAGUCCAGGCAAGAGGUGAAGGUGGUUGCACCAGGGUAGUGGCAGGAAGGUAGGGGGAAACAAUAGGAUUCUGGAAAUACUUCUCGGAUAUUGCUAUUCUAAUUUUGUGGUGAAUUAGCUAUGGGAAUCAAAAGAGAGAAAGGAGUCAAGGAUGACUCCAAGGUUUUUGGCCUGAGCACUAAAAGAACAGAGCUGUCAUUCACUAACACAGGAAAAACUAUGGGAUGAACAGGUUGGGAUAGGGGUGUGGGGAAAACCAGGAGUACAUUUUUGGAUAAGUUAAGUCUGAGAUGCCUAGUAAAUAUUUGAGUGGUAGUGUCACAGAGGCUGUUGCAUGUAUGAGUCAAGGGGAGCAGUCUGGGCUGGAGAAAUAAUGUGGGAGUCAUCAGUGCUUGAAGGUCAUCAAAGCCACAAGACUGGAGGAGAUCAUUAAGGUAAAUAAGAGGUCUGAGGGCUGAGCUCUGGGCCCUCAGAGGAUAGGAAUAGGAGAAUGAAUGAGCAAUGGAGAAUGAAAGAGCAGCCAGUUAAGAUAGCAGGAAAGGGUGGUGUCUUAAAAAGGAAGUUCAAGAAGGAAAUGAUCAUUUAUGCCCCACAUUGCUGACAGGCAAAGUAAUAAUAAGAUGAGGACUGAGAACAAGACCAUUGGAUCUGGAAAAUGGGGGCCACUGGUGAUAUUGUCUAGAACACUUGCAGUGGAGGGGAGGGGGCAAAGGCCUGCUGGGAGUAGGAUCAAGGGAAAAACAGAAGAGAGGAACUGGAAACAGUGAGCAAAGGCAACUCUUUGGAGGGUUCUGCUAAAACAGGAGCAGAGAAACGAAACAACAGUAGCUGGAGAGGCGAUGUGAGGUCAAGAGAGGAUUUUCUUUAAGUUGAGAGAAAAAACUGCAUGAUUGUAGGAAACAUGUGAUUAUGUAGGAGAGAUGGGGAGAAGUGCUGGAGCAAUGACCUUUAGUAGGCAAGAGGAGGGAUCUAGUACACGUUCCCUCCCUCUUGGCCUGGCUAACUCCUACUCAUCCCUCAAGGGUCAGUGUAAAGGUCACUUUCUCAGGGAAGCUUCCCUGACCCCUCCGAUUAUGCUACUUCAACUGUCAUUCCCUUUCACAGCACAUGAUACUUCUGCUUCACAGCACUUAUAAAUUGUGUAACAAUGCGUAAGCCCUGUGAGGGCAGGGGCUGGGUUUGUCUUGUUUGCAGCAGUAGCUCCAACAGCUAGCAUACUGCCUGGAACACAGUAGAUGUUCAUUGGAUAGCUGGUGAAGGAAGAAACAGUCCAAGAACAGAACUGAAACAAAUCCUGAGACACGUGUCUGUUUUUUGCUCCCGUUCUGAUUUCAUCACAUUGCAAUGAUCAGGACCAUGCAGUUACUGGCUGUUGCAAAUACUUGGAUUUAGAAGAGCUCAGUUGUUUGUUCCUGUUUGGGCUCUGUAGCUUGGCUAACACACAGACUAAAACCACGUGACCGGACAUAUCCUUCCACUGAUAUUGCCCACUACAAAGAGAACACAUUCAAUACCGUGUCUAGCAACUCACUCAUUUAACAAAUGUUUGCCAAAAGUCUCCUUAGCACAACAUCGUAGGGAUACAGGAUUGAUUCAGACAUAGCAGCUGGUCUCAUGGAGCUUAGAGUCCAGCAGAAGAUACCAAUAUCAAAAAGAACUACCAUUGUUCACAACUGUGGUUUUCAUAGACUUUAUUCACAAAGAAUAACCAUUUUGCAAGGACCAUGAGGCCGCUGUGUGUGGCGUGCUGGUGGAUGGGACUAUUGGCCACCGUAGGAGCUGCUGCAGGCCAGGAGGAUGGUUUUGAGGGCACUGAGGAAGGCACACAAAGUGAGUUCAUUUACCUGAACAGGUACAAGCGGGCUGGUGAAUCCUCAGACAAGUGCACCUACACCUUCAUUGUGCCCCAGCAGCGGGUCACAGGCGCCAUCUGUGUCAACUCCAAGGAGCCUGAGGUGCUCCUGGAGAACCGAGUGCAUAAGCAGGAGCUGGAGCUGCUCAACAACGAGCUGCUCAAGCAGAAGCGGCAGAUUGAAACGCUGCAGCAGCUCGUGGAAGUGGACGGCGGCAUCGUGAGUGAGGUGAAGCUGCUACGCAAAGAGAGCCGCAACAUGAACUCGCGGGUCACGCAGCUGUACAUGCAGCUCCUGCAUGAGAUCAUCCGAAAGCGGGACAACGCGCUGGAACUCUCCCAGCUGGAGAACAGGAUCCUCAACCAGACGGCCGACAUGCUGCAGCUGGCCAACAAGUACAAGGACCUGGAGCACAAGUACCAGCACCUGGCCACGCUGGCCCACAACCAGUCAGAGAUCAUCGCACAGCUCGAGGAGCACUGCCAGCGGGUACCCACAGCCAGACCUGUCCCCCAACCACCACCUGCCACACCACCCCGCGUCUACCAGCCACCCACCUACAACCGUAUCAUCAAUCAGAUCUCCACCAAUGAGAUCCAGAGUGACCAGAAUUUGAAAGUGCUUCCACCUCCUCUGCCUACCAUGCCUGUUCUCACCAGCCUCCCAUCCUCCACAGACAAGCCAUCAGGCCCAUGGAGAGACUGCUUGCAGGCCCUGGAGGAUGGUCACGACACCAGCUCCAUCUACCUAGUGAAGCCAGAGAACACCAACCGUCUCAUGCAGGUGUGGUGUGACCAGAGACACGACCCCGGAGGCUGGACUGUCAUCCAGAGGCGCCUGGAUGGCUCUGUCAACUUCUUCAGGAACUGGGAGACAUACAAGCAAGGGUUUGGGAACAUUGACGGCGAAUACUGGCUGGGCCUGGAGAACAUUUACUGGCUGACGAACCAAGGCAACUACAAACUGCUGGUGACCAUGGAGGACUGGUCUGGCCGAAAGGUCUUUGCAGAAUAUGCCAGCUUCCGCCUGGAGCCUGAGAGCGAGUAUUACAAGCUGCGGCUGGGGCGUUACAAUGGCAAUGCUGGUGACUCCUUCACUUGGCACAAUGGCAAACAGUUCACCACCCUGGACAGAGACCAUGAUGUCUACACAGGAAAUUGUGCCCACUACCAGAAGGGAGGCUGGUGGUAUAAUGCCUGUGCCCACUCCAACCUCAACGGGGUCUGGUACCGUGGUGGCCAUUACCGGAGCCGAUACCAGGACGGAGUCUACUGGGCUGAGUUCCGAGGAGGCUCCUACUCACUCAAGAAAGUGGUGAUGAUGAUCCGGCCCAACCCCAACACCUUCCACUAAGCCAGCUCCUCCUCCUGACCUCUCGUGGCCGUCGCCAGGAGCCAAUCCCGGCCGUACUGGCCCCAGCACAAAGAGCAACUCCUCGCUAGUUCCAUCUUGGGGCUAGGAGAACUGGGAUGCUGGAUUCUGUUUUCCAAAGUCACUGAGGCAGAUAACGGAAUGAAAUUAUACAGUAUUCUCUAUCCCUACUACUUUUCUUCACACCAGACAGCCCCUCAAAUUUCCAGGACAGGACAGGACUGCAGGCAAGUUGUUUUUUUUUUUUUUUUCAGUAAAGUCCCCUCCUCUACAAUAAAAUCACAACUGCAAAAUACCUUUAUAAUAUAUGUGUGUAUGAACCUGCCUUGUGCACUUAUGUGUAUACACAUAAGUAGGCACAUACCUAAAUAUAUAUGCAUUUAGAUAUAUAUAUCACAUAAUAUAUCUAGAUACAUAUAUAGAUUUACCAUAUAUACCCAAAUAUACAUAUAUUCAAUUCUCAAAUGUCAGAGCUGUUACCAACAGCUUUGCUUUUAGGAGAAAAACAUUUCAUUCACAUGGUGUUACUGCAGUCUGAGUAGAUCACAAACCGUGUAGCUCAAUUCAAAGACUAACCUUGGCGUCUGUAUACCUGGAUUCUUUUAGGAAUGUCUACAAUGCUAUUCUCUCACAUACAGGUUCCACAGGAGGGUACCCCUCAGGGUACCCCUAAUCAAAUUUCAAAAUCUACUUUUCCCCAUUUUCAGGUCUUUUUAUCCAUCCAUCCACCCACUUACCCAUUCAUUCAACAGCCAUUCAUUAAGUGCCUUCUCUGUAUCAGUCUCUAGCCACUCACUCUUCUUCAAUCACUUUUUCUGCUCCCCUCUACUUCUUGCCUACCCAUUCCUUACCUCUUCAGUUGCAAUGUCCUUUCUUCCUGGUAAGAUUCCUUAGCCUGUAAGUAGGAAACAGCCAGGGCUCCAGGUUUCUGGUCAGGAAAGGGAAGGCCAGGCUCAAAAGCUAACCACUGUCCAUAUAGAUAAUGUAUUCGCAGGUUUGUAUUUUCCAUUCACACUUUAGCCUACUAGUCAUUUUAACCUUCACAGAAGUAAUAACCUACCUUGCCCAGGAAAUACUCAAUUUAAGAGAAGUCAUCAUCUGAUCUCUGUGGCCCCCAAACAGCUACAGGGCAAAGGUCCUAUGCUCUCAGGCUGACUUGAAAGUCAGCAUCUCCUCCCUAAACUAUACUUCCCUGGAAAACAGGUGCCACCAAAAAUGAGAACUGGCCACUUCUCAUGAGUUACUGAUCAGGGGCCACUAGGCCCCUCAGUUGGUACCUUGUACUGUGGCGGCUUUCUGAGUCCUGUCAGUCAUGAAGUAUUAGACUCAGCACUACCGGAACUGUUGCCAAGCAGGGAGCAUGGGGAUGAGUCAAGAAGGUGAGACCCUCCCCAGUGGGCACAUGGGUCGGGUGUGCGAGAUGUUGGACAACUUGGUACUGUCCAUGUCUGGGUGUGUGCCUAUUACCUCAGCAUUUCUCAAAAAGUGUACCAUGUAGCAUGUUUUGUGUAUAUAAAAGGGAGGGUUUGUUUUUUUUUUAAUAUAUUCCCAGAUUAUCUUUGUAAUGACACAAAUCUGCAAUAAAAGCCAUCAGUGCUACUG